AUGGCACCCCAGGCGCACCAACUCCAGAUGGAAGACAUACUAAUACCCCUCAAAAAAAUGCUACAAAAAAAACAGAUGAGGAACAAAAGGAAACAACUUCAAAGGAAGGAGGCAGCCAUGACACGCCAGCCAUUCCAGGCCAGGCACAGCUCAUCAGCCACACCGCGCCAGGCACACUACGGCAGGCGCGGCAGGCGCGGUACAGCAGUCAAACCACGCCAGACUCAGCACGAUAGACACAGCUUGUCAACCACAUCACGUCAAUCACAGAACUCCCGGCACAACAAGCCAGGCAAACCGUACCAGGCACAGCAUGCCAGGCAAACCAAGCCAGACGAAGCACGACAGAGACGCCACACCAGGCAAACCACACCAGCCACACAACGCCAGGCACACCAUGCCAGGCACAGCACCUCAGGCACACCACGCCAGAGACACCACAGCAGGCAUAGCACCUCAAGCAUAGCACAACAGGCACACCAAGCCAGGCACAGCAUGCCAGGCUUGCCCCGCAAGGCACAGGACACCAAACACAACACACCAGGCACAACACACAAGCCACAGCAUGCCAGGCACAGCAUGCCAGGCUUGCCACAUAAGGCACAGGACACCAAACACGACACACCAGGCACAACACACCAGCCAAAGCACACUCGGCACCACGCGGCAGGCACAACGCAGCUGGCACAGCGCAGCAGACACAGCCAGCCAGGUCCACGCACCAUCUACACAUGCUUUAAGGUAGUAGCAAUCUGCUCUGCUUGGGAAAAGCCUUUCUGA